GGGGCUGUGGCCGCACGGAGGACCGGGACCGGGAAUUUGUGGGUGCGGGCCCGUCCCGGCCGCCUUCCGCCCCGGAGCGGAGCGCCCUAAAACUCGCCGCGGUCGGCCACAGGCCGCUGGGGGAAGGAAGGCGUCUGGCUGGAACGGGGUCUCGGGUAUCCCGUCGGGGUGUCCCCUCGGGGUAUCCCCCCGGGGUGCAGUGCCGAGCAGCCGGGCUGCCCUGCUGUGGGGCCGAGGGCAGGGCUGUGUUCCGCCUGCAGCCCGGGCCUGCCCCGCCACAGCCCCGGCGCAAUGGCGUCAGUGAAGCCACAGCGGCCCGGGUGGAGCUCGUAGCUGAGUGUUUUCCUUGUUCCGUGACAGCACUUAGUGAAAACAGUGCCUGAAGAAAGUCUUUUUAAAGAGUUCACUUCAGGGAAGCCAAGAUACAUUUCUAGAGCAAGGGUUAUGCUGCUGCUUGGGCACGUUGAUUUGAGCCCCCUCGGAACUCACAGGGGUGUCCUAAGGGUGUACCCUUACUGGUAAAUGCAUAAUAGGAAAAACGUGCAAACAGUCAGGAUGACAUGCAUAAUUUAAAAAUACCUGCUCAAUUAGCAAAGAGGUUCUUUGGAACUUUAGCAGCAAUUUGGAUCACCAUUGAGUUGAAAGCUAAGACAGGGCCUCUUGAUUUUGUCCCUAUCUGCAGAGAUUGCAGCAAUGUAUUGCUGUUGCAAUAAGUGAGCAUCCUGAUUUGUUGUGGGUGUGAUAGUUCUGAGGCAAGUGUGGAAAUGCAGACCACAACAGUGCGGUAAGCUUAGUAGAAGAGCAAUGGGCGCUGACAAAAUUCCAACAUCCAACAACACAAUUGUAUUUUUUUUCUGCUGCUUGGGAAUCCUCAAGUGCCCUUCAGCAAGGGCAAUUUACAGUAUCAAUUGCAAUUGCAUCUGCUUGAGUUGCAGAUGCAACCGCUAUGCUUUAAGAGCUAGCAGCUUCAACAAAUGUUCUGGUUUGGUACUUGUUACCUCUUAAGUCUUUGGAGGCAUAUGCAAGUCCAUCUGGCAAUACCAUAGGACUGAAAAGAAGAGGCUUUUAGUGAACUCUCAGAAGUUCUCUGACGUGGAAAGUAUGUAGAAAAAAUAUAGUCAACUUAAUGUUGUGUGACAACUUAUUUGCUCUUGACAUUUGAUGAUACAAUAGAAUUACUUAGCUUGGAAGGGACCUCUGUAGAUCACUGGCUCAACUCCCUGCUUAAAGCAGUGCUGCCAUCAAAGUUAGAGCAGGUUGCUUUAGGCCUUGUUGGAUUAAGCUUUCUCUCAAAGGAUUUGAAAUAGAGUUGAAAGUUGGGUGUGAAAUUAGCAAAAUUUGGAACAAAGUGUCCCAAGUUUUAGAAAGUUGGAGAGUUCUAAGCAGGGUGAAUGAAGUAUGACUUUUAGUUAAGUGGAAGAUGUGUUUUCUCUCCACCUUUGUGGUGAUGAUUCUGGUCCUCCAGUUGUGCAAAGGUCUUCACUGUACACCAUAUAGAGAUUUUUGGAAGAUAGGAAAUAAGCAGAAAGGUAUAUUGCUGUUCAGCACAGUUCUCUUAGUAGAUAUAAAACUGAAAUAUUUUUAAAGUAACAUUUCUCUGUGCAAAACUAAACAGACUGAUAAACCACUUUAAAUAAAUAAGUCACUAUGCAGGUAAGAUACAGACUUUGAAAUGUGAAGACGAAAUCGAUUCCUGCAUUCACAGAGCUGCAGUGUAAUCAGCUUUAUUUCUACAUCCUUAAUAGCAUGAAGGUCUUCUGGGAAAAACCCAACUCUUGUGCCUUACUUGUCCACUGGAUGAGUUAAAUGUACUCACUCAGUGAGUCAAGUUUGAUGGAAUGAAGAAAGCUGAUGUCAGCCUUUAUGUGUAUUAAUCUGUUCACAGCGUGUCACGGUGUAUCCUGUGAAGUCAAGUCUUUGAAGAAGUUGUAGUGCUAUUAUUUGCACUGCUCAGUGUCUACAGGUCCUGGAUUCUGUCAGGACCUACAGCAAAACAACUCCACAGAAAGAAGUACCUUCAGGACAAAGAUGAAUAUUGGGAAAGCUUACGGUGCUGCUAACAUCAGCAGUGGAACAGAUCUAGCUAUUGGUUUUACCUCUUCCACAGUAGCUGUCCUUCUAUUUGGGACAAACUUUGUGCCUGUCAAGAAAUUUGAUACUGGUGAUGGCAUGUUCUUCCAGUGGAUUCUCUGUGCCUCCAUAUGGAUAGUUUCUUUGGUAGUCAAUUUGAUCCAGAAUUGCCCCCGGUUUUGGCCUCUGGCUAUGGUUGGAGGUUUUGUGUGGGCUACAGGCAAUGUUACAGUUGUUCCUAUUGUUAAAACUAUUGGCUUAGCUCUUGGCCUUUUGAUAUGGGCUUCUUUUAAUUUGCUGACAGGUUGGGCAAGUUCAAGGUUUGGUUGGUUUGGAAUUGACCCAGAAGAGGUGUCAAGACCAAUCUUAAAUUAUAUUGGAGCUGGACUUUCACUUACAAGUGCUGUCAUAUUUCUUUUUAUAAAAACUGAAGUCCAGAGUUCUUCAGCUUCAUUAGAAAGCACACCUUUACUGAGAGAAAGUUCUAUUAAUGUUUCUGAAGAGACCACUGAAGACUCAUGGGAGAACAAACUUUCUCCAGCAAAAAGGAGACUCAUAGGCUGUAGCCUGGCUGUAGUAGCUGGAAUACUCUAUGGUUCCAGUUUUGUACCAGUACUUUACAUCAAGGACCAUGGAAGAAGAAAUGAGACUGUAUACACAGGAGCAAGUCAGUUUGAUUUAGAUUAUGUUUUUGCACACUUCAGUGGAAUAUUUCUUACAAGUACCAUCUACUUUUUGAUCUACUGUGCAGUCAGGAAAAAUAAGCCUUAUGUUUAUCCCCAGGCCAUAUUACCAGGGUUUGUUUCUGGUGUGCUUUGGGCAAUAGCCAAUUGCUGCUGGUUCCUGGCCAAUCACUAUCUCAGUGCUGUCGUCAGCUUUCCAAUAAUUACUGCAGGUCCUGGCCUUGUUGCUGCAAUGUGGGGAGUCCUUGUAUUUAAGGAAAUCAAGGGAUUGAAAAACUACAUCUUACUGUCAGUAUCGUUUUGCAUCAUUUUGGCUGGAUCACUUUCCACAGCUUUUUCUAAAGUUUGAAAGGACCUUCUGGACCAGUAGAUGGUGCUAACGUUUAACUCAAAUAGAAAGACAGUGUUGGUAGAUCACAACACAUAAUCAUUUUCAAAAUGUAUGUCCAACAUUUACCCUAACUUGCUUCAGCCAAGUGUAAAAUGAAAAACAUUUGGCAUGAAAGAAAAUCUGGAAAUAUUUGUGUCUGUUUUUCUUGGAAUAGUAAGAAAAUCAAAGGACUUUAUUAAUCAAAGCUAAAUCAUUUUAUUGUUGCUAAUGAUUAGUUUUUUUCAUUCAGGUGCUAAACUUCAUGUUAUCAUAAAUUGCAGUUUACUAUUGCGAUGGUGGGUCGUGAUUUUUGUUUUAGUCUAUAAUACUGUAUGUAUUUGCAAGCUGAUUUGUUUAUUAAAAUAUUUUCUUACUGACUUAAAUAUAUGUCUUGAAAUAUUCCUUAUGAAACUGAUACACAUGAAGAAAACAAAGCUUUUCUUUUAUUUAGAAGCAUUAUUCUUGAAAAUCAUUAGUUUACAUAUAAGUGUUAUCUUCCAGUCACUUCAGACUUGUGAAGGGAAUAGAGUAAAAAGGGUGCUGGAAAAUAAAUUACUUUUGUUUCACAACGUUUUCCAUGACCACCACUAACAGGGACUGUUUAUUUUCUUACUUCUGGCAGCUAAUAUAUGCAAAGCAUGUUGUCUGAAUCUUCCCUUAGUCUUUUCUUCAGUACAUUAGGCAACCCCAGCUCCUUCAGUCUUCCCUUUUAAUUUCCCUUUGUCUUUCCUAGUAAUAGAAUAGUUGGUCUGGAAGGGACCUUAAAGAUCAUCUAGGUCCAGCCCCUCUGCCAAGGACAGGGAUGCAAUUCACUAGAACAGGUUGCUGAGAGCCCCAUCCAACCAGACCUUGAACAUUUGCAGAGAUGAUGCAGCAGCUGUUUCUCUGGACAGCCCAUUCCAGUCUUUCACCAUCAUCUGAGUAAAGAAUUUCAUGCUAACAUCUAAUCUAAACCCAACCUUUUUCAGUAUAAAACCAUUGCCACUUGCCCUGUCACUGUAUGCCUGUACAAAAAGUCUCUCUCCCUCCUUUUUAUAUACCACCUUAAGCUUCUGGAAGGCUGCAAUGAGGUUUCAUUGAAGCCUUUUUCAUGCUGGUCUCUCACUAAGUGGACUAGGUCUGUGCAGAGUACCAAAACAUGGCAGUCAGGCUACAGUCUUUCAAAAAACAAGAGCAGCAGUAAGAUUAUGGGUGUUUUUCCCCAUCCAAUUUGCAAGUUCUUUUGAUAGUUACACAUCACAGCUUUUUGCCAUCAUGGCUUGAUAUUGUUAAACAUGUUCAGACUGCAAUCAUAAUUUCUCCUUUCUCCCUUCCACCUUCUUCUGUCCUGCACCAAAUUUGAUCUUAGAACUGCUACUCAAUGUGCUUUUUCCCAUCUUGUGUUGUUUAUUCCUACCUAGGUGUCAAAACCUGGUGUCUGACAGGCUUUUUCCCCUCUAAGGCAUUUCUCUAAUUUUAGUCUCUAUGUUAACCUUGUCCUUCAACAAGGUGGCAGCAUUUUUCAGGCAAAUGUCAUGUGCAAAUUUAAUAAAUGUACUUUCUAAUUGCUAUAAAUAAUUAAUGAAAAUGCUGCAUGAUACUGACCUUUA